CAAGUGAUGAUCCCAUCGAUAUUGGUUUUGGCGGAGAUACAAAUCGCAUACCAGGAGACAGCAAUGCGGAGCUCAUGGAAGAGAGGCUCCCUCCCAAAAGAAUGCGCUUGGAAGACCUUGUGCUCCAAAAUCCUCUGAAUGUUCCAAAUGCGCGUCCUUGGGCACCAUUUCCAACACUCGUCGAUUUUGAAUUUACUGAACAGUUGAUAACUGAUGGGCGCUCGAAGGCGAGCAUUUCCCGGCUCUUGAGGGAUAUGCAUAAUGGCAAAUUUGCUGAAGCUUGCAAGAUUAGCUUCAAGAAUGGCAAACAGUUAUUCUCAUGUCUUGACGAAUUCAAGCGCGAAACUUUCGAGUUUUCAUUUAGGAGAUCUAAUGUGACAAGCAUCCAGCUCAAGUAUAGCGUCUGGGUCAAGGAUGGAAUGGCUUGGAUGCGAGAGCUGUUCCAGCAUGUGAUCGACGAGCCAUUGAGUGGGGAUGCUGCUUGGGAAAUCGAGGGACAACUGGACCAAGGAACACAACAGGUCCAAGUACCUCUCAUCUUGUACUCAGACAAGUCUGACGUUGCGCGGUUUGCAUCCCUCUCAGUCUGGCCGGUUCUGACACGACUUGCCAGUCUCCCCAAACAUCUCAGUAACAAAAACA